GUUCAGUCAAGAGACAUCAACCAUCAUCAACCGGUCCUAUCAGCAUCUCAGCCGAUAGGUUCCAUCAUGGCAUCUCCAAGCAGCAGGAAAGUGCGCACCACCGCAGAUGCGCCCAUGCCUCCUGAUGAGGCUCUGAAGCUCUUGAAGGAGGGCAACGCACGCUUCAUCAAGGGAGAGCCUACCGCAACUCGAACCAACGAGAAAAUGCGCCAGGAGCUUGUUGACAUGGGACAGGCACCACACACUGCCAUCAUUGGCUGUGCAGAUUCCCGGGCACCUUUGGAGACCAUCUUUGAUGCCCUGCCUGGUGACAUCUUUGUGCUGCGCAAUGCUGGCAACACCUGCACCCACGCCGAGGGCAGCAUGGUUGGCAGCUUGGAGUUCUGCACCGGCAAGCUGGGUGCCCGCAUGAUUUUGGUGCUUGGCCACACCAAGUGCGGUGCCGUCUAUGGUGCCACGAACGCCUACCUGGCGGCAAAGAAGUCUGAGACCGCCAGUGUUGAGUCUGCCCUGGAGGGUCUGCUGUUGGACUUGGCCCCAGUGGCGGAGAAGGCCGUGGCCGACAUGGGUUCCCACACUGAUGCAGAUGAGGUCGCAGCCCACGCUGUGCGCGUGAACGUCUUCCACACUAUCGACUUCUUGCUGAAGUACAGCGCCCCAUUGCGGGAGAAGGUUAAGAGUGGACAGGUCGAGAUCCAGGGUGGCAUCUAUCACCUGGACUCUGGAAAGGUGGAGUUCAUGGGACGUUCUCCACAGCAGUCCACCCUUUUGAGCACCAACCUUGGGCUUCCCCCAUCCAUGACUCGUGAGGGUGGCCGCACCUCUGGCUAUGGCCCUUCCGCACGAGGUGAGCAUGGAGUGCGCACCACAGUGGACAGUGCAGUUCCUGCUGAGGAAGCUUUGAAGAUGCUGAAGGCUGGCAACGAGCGCUUCGCUGUGGGUGCUCCUUUGGCCAAGCACGCCACUCUCAAGAUGCGUGAAGCUUUGGUGAGCCAUGGGCAGGCACCCCACACCGCAAUCCUUGGCUGCGCAGAUUCCCGUGUGCCAGUUGACACUGUGUUCGAUGCCAUGCCAGGUGACUUGUUUGUCUUGAGGAAUGCAGGCAACACUUGCACCCAUGCGGAAGGCAGCAUGGUUGGCAGCUUGGAGUUCUGCUGUGGCAAGUUGGGCUCCAAGUUGAUUUUGGUGAUGGGCCACACCAAGUGCGGAGCCAUUGCCGGAGCUACUGCGACCUACCUUGCCAGCAAGGAAGGCAAGGCCUCCAAGAGUGCAGGCAGUGCACUUGAGGGUCUGCUGGUGGGUUUGUCUGGCGUCGCAAAGCAGGCCGAAGAGGAGCUUGGUGUUGGCGCCGAUCAGGACCAGUUGGUGUCCCACUCUGUGCGCGUGAACGUCUUUAGCUCCAUCGAGUUCUUGUUGAAGUACAGCCCAUCCCUCAGGGAGCUUGUGAAGAGCGGCAACGUGGAAAUCCAGGGUGGUAUCUACCAUUUGGAGACUGGUCGAGUUGAGUUCCUUGGCCGCUCUCCCAGGCAGGCUGAAUUGCUCCGCUCCGACCCAAGCUUGCCACCAUCCCUCCAGGCAUUGCCCAUCCGCACAACAACUGAUGGCCCCUUGCCAUCCCAAGAGGCAUUGAAGCUGCUGAAGGAGGGCAAUGCUCGCUUCACCUCUGGUGCUGCAAUUUCAGGAAAGAUCACUCCAGCAAUGAGGAAGGCCCUGGUCAAAGAGGGUCAGGCACCACACACUGCCAUCAUUGGCUGUGCGGAUUCCCGUGCUCCUUUGGAGACUGUGUUUGAUGCCAUGCCUGGUGACAUCUUCGUGCUGCGCAAUGCUGGCAACACCUGCACCCACGCCGAAGGCAGCGUACUUGGCAGCUUGGAGUUCUGCGUUGCCGCCCUGCAGUCCAAGAUGGUCUUGGUGCUCGGACACACAGCCUGCGGAGCCAUCAAGGGUGCCACAGCAACAUACCUGCAGUCCAAGAGCGGCAACAAGCCUCAGGUCACCAAAGCCUUGGAUGCCUUGCUGGUUGGCCUCAGCGACGUGGCAAAGAAGGCGUCUGAGGAGUUGGGUGAAGGCGCAACGGAGGCGCAGAUCGUGGACAGGACCAUCAAGCUGUGAGGUCCUGCAGAUUUUCUUACCACUUCAUGGUCCAGCAUGGGCCAGAAGCUUAGGAACGUCUUCCACACCAUUGACUUCCUUUUGCAGUACAGCCCACUCGUCAGAGAGAAGGUUGCUGCAGGGGAGGUUGAGAUCCAGGGCGGCAUCUACGACCUGGAGACCGGUCAUGUGGAGUUCUUGGGUCAGAGCCCAGCUCAGGCCACCUUGGUGAAAUCUGCUUCCACUUUGCCCCCAUCGUUGGCAUGAUUGCAACCCCUUCACUAAGUGUGGGGUUCUCUCGCUCACAUGCAGCGUGCAACGGCCAAUGCUCGGUAUCACCGGAUGUUAGAUAUGUUUUUCUUGCCAAAAUGUCUCGACAUUUUCAGUCUGUGCGAUUAGCACGGGCUCAACGAUGCAGACAUAUGCAGACAACAGGAGUCUAUUUAAACCUGCUGUUGCCGACCAUCGGCAUGGCAGGGCUUGGAGUCUGUAUUUACUUUCGCAAACUGCAGAAUCUUGCAGCUCCUGGUUCUUGCCGCAACUCCAGUUGCAGCAGGGAAUACCAGAAACCCGUAACUUUGCGAUAGAACGCG